UGUCAGACGUCACUAUUGUCAUGACUUGAGUGAUAAAAAAUUGUUGAAGUCUUGUCUAAAUAAAUAUAUAAACAGACUAGUAUUGUUAGGUUUACGACUAACGAUUCAUUUCCAACGUAAUUGUUUCUUUCCCAAUUAAUGUCUCUGACAGUUUUUCGUUUUGGUUUUUAAGACGAUUUGUCACCAAUCGGCCGGCUAUCUAUGUUAUGAUUGUCAGUGUUCUGUAGGUAGUUAUGGCUUCGGUAUCAAAAAAUGAUUUUGUGAACAGAUUGUUGAAUUUCCGUCUCGAAGAAGGAGCAGGCGAGGAACAGCCACCGCAAAAUAUGCUGCCCUCGAACCAGCAAUCCAGGCAAGGAAGCCACGUCGAUGAGGAGACGGGGCACGCGAGCGAACCUAUGCCUUCCUCGUCAGCCAUCGAGAACCUCCAGCCGACGAACAACAAUAAUGGCCGUCUUCACAACUGGCAGGCGACUAAAACCACGGUGAAGGAGCGCUUGUCAUUUCUGUUCAAUAAUGAAAUACUGUCUGAUGUUCACUUCAUAGUUGGUAAAGACACAAACCAGCAAGUGAUACCUGCCCAUAAGUUUGUACUCUCAGUUGGGAGUGCAGUAUUUGAUGCCAUGUUUAAUGGGGUGCUAGCAACAAAAUCUGAUGAAGUAGAACUCCCAGAUGUUGAACCAGCAGCAUUUCUACAUUUACUCAAGUUUCUAUACUCAGAUGAAGUCAGGAUUGGGCCGGAAAGCGUCAUGACAACCCUGUACACCGCUAAGAAAUAUGCUGUUGCAGCACUGGAGGAACAUUGUGUUGAUUUUCUUAAGAGCAAUCUAGGUACGGACAAUGCAUUUCUAUUACUGACCCAGGCAAGACUGUUUGAUGAACCACAGCUGGCCGCUCUCUGUCUGGAGAUGAUCGACAAGAACACAACGGACGCACUAAAUGCCGAGGGCUUCACUGACAUAGACCAAGAUACAUUGAAUGCCGUAUUAGAAAGAGACACUUUACGAAUCCGCGAAGCGAAAAUCUUUGCUGCGGUGCUUCGGUGGUCGGAGGCGGAGUGUAUCCGACGACAGCUGCCUGUCACACCCAGCAACCAGAGGAUGGUGCUGGGCAGAGCCUUCCACGCUAUCAGAUUCCCUCUCAUGUCAGUGGAGGAAUUUGCGAUGGGUCCAGCUCAAAGUGGACUAUUGGACGACCGAGAGAUAGUCCAAUUAUUUCUAUACUUUACAGUCAAUCCCAAACCGAAUGUAGGUUUCCUGGACACUCCACGAUGUUGCAUGACCGGUAAGGAAUUGACCGUGAACAGGUUCUCGCAGACUGAAUCUCGUUGGGGCUACAGUGGAACGACUGAUAGGGUCAGAUUCACAGUGGAUCAGAGAAUUUUUGUCGUUGGUUUUGGGCUGUAUGGAUCGUAUUUCGGACCUUCGGAAUAUGAAGUGCACUUACAGAUAAUUCACCUGGCCACCAAGAAGGUGUGCGGCUCCAACACGACCACGUUCUGCUGUGACGGCUCCGACGACACCUUCCGCGCUAUGUUCAAGGAACCGGUCGAGAUACUCCCUAACACCUCGUACAUAGCCAGCGCUAAACUCAAGGGCACCGACUCGUACUACGGUACUCGCGGCUUGAGGCGAGUCACGGCUGACUGUAACAACGGGGAGAAGGUGGUUUUCCAAUUCUCAUACGCGGCCGGAAAUAACAAUGGGACCUCGGUGGAAGACGGACAGAUACCGGCCAUCAUAUUCUAUAUAUAAUACAGUAUUCGACCACAUGGUCGGUCUAGACUAGAUCUCGUUAGACUAAAGCUCCUUCACAUUAGACUUGUUCCCAGAGAGGGUUAUAUAACGACCGUCUGUGUGGAAACGCACUAAUGUUCCUCGCUGUUUUAACAUUUCUAUCAACUAUCAUAUGUUCUGUAAUGUUAUGUGUAAUGAUUACUAAAUUACUAAUAAUCAUAAUUAUAUCUUGUAUGUAUAUUAGUUGUUGGACGGAGUGAAUGAAAUUUUAAAGUUUUACCUUGUAAUAAAAAAAAAACAAUAUGUCUCAUGGUCUAUAAAUGUAAAUUUGAAAAAUGAUUAUAUUAUCAAUUUGAAAAAAGAAAUAUAAAUGAUAAUGUAUUUGUAUAGAUUUAAGUUAAUUUUUAAAACAUAAAAUAUAUCGUUGGAAAUUCAUCGAACUCGUAUUAUGUAAUCAAAUUGAAACAAUCCUUUUAUAUUAAUAAAACUCUUAUAUACAUCAGAACAUAUACAUACAUAUAUAUAUAUAUAUAUGUAUAAUUUGUACAUAAUAUAUCACUACAGUUUCUAUCAGCUGUGCCUAAAGGAAGUGCCCACCAAAUCACAUAUUAUAUAUGGAUCUAAACACAUAUAUAUUUAUAUAUAUAUAUUUCUAGUCAUUAAUAUCUCUGUUGGUGUACGGGGAGCGUUUAGUUUAGACAAGUUCCUUUAGCACAUUUAAUGUUAUGUAGGAAUUGAGCCGUGUACUGUGUAAGCAUAUUUUUCAAAACUUUUAUAUAGACGCUUAAAUUAUAAUAAAGUAUAGAGAAUAA